UGGUGAGAGCUUUGGCUUGUUACUGACUCCAAGCCUAACAGAUUUCGAAAAUUUCUUAGCCUUAAAGAUAAGUCAAAGUAUAUGGAUUAUCAAAAACACAAACCAAAUUUUUAUAAAAAAGGAUGAUUUUCAAGUACCAAACUGUUAGUUGAAUUGUCUCCAAUAUCACAAUCAUAAGAAUUUAGAGGCUCAAUCAAAUGGAAACUAUUCAAAAAAAAGGAAAAACAGAGCGGAUUCUUGUAAGAUAAAAUGCUCGUGAAGUAACACGAGGAAAAAAGAAAUUUGGGAAGAGCAACCUGCAGCAACCAGAUUAUCUUAAAAUCCCGAUACAGCACAAGCUAAAUAUGGGGCAGGGAAAGCACUUGAUUCAUGUGGGUGUGACAGAAACCACAAUUUCACUCGGCUACCUACCAGAUGCAAAUUGUUUCAUGUAAUAUGCUGGAGUAUUUCUUCUCAACGCAUAUGUUCUGUUGACAGAAGUUUAUGAGAAGAUAAACUGGAGCUGUUCUGUUGACAGUAACGCUUUAAUGUCCAUUUUUUGAGUUUGAUAUGCUGCUUCGAGGACUUGAUUGAAUAUGAAUUUAGUAUCUAAGAGAAACAAUCCAGCCUAGCAUUUUCUUGAUCUUGCCUGUGAAAUCAUGUUGUUGCAUUGAAUCUGGUGGAUUUUGUCCCGAAUUAAGAACCUGCUUGUGUUUUGAAGAUCUGUGAUUUUGUUUCAAAUGGGGACAUCAUCCAAGAAAAAAGUACAGGUAUGGAAGAGGGCAUUGCUUCAUUUUCUUCUAUGUUUUCUUGUGGGUGUACUCACUGGGCUCACACCCUUUAAUGCGAUGAUUUUUUCUACAAAUCUUUCUUACAACAAACCCAAAACAAGGCGGGAAUUCGCAAUUGAAGUAAAGAGCAUACCCACAAAUGCCCAACAGGAUUUUAGUCAAGUUGGCAAUAGAGGAAGACUGAUUGAAACAAUUAGGAUUGAGGGUUCUGAAGCUAGAAUGGAGUCAGAGGAGAGAGAAAAUGAAAGAAAUUCAACUGAAACUGAUCUCUAUAGCGUUUUGUCCACGAGAGCUAGGCCGUUGGAUUUUGUCCCUAGAAAGCUGUUGAUAAUUGUUACUCCGACUUACAAUCAUCCUUUCCAGGCUCUAUAUUUAAAUCGCCUGGCACAUACUCUAGGGCUUGUGCCACCGCCUCUGUUGUGGAUUGUGGUGGAAAUGCCAACUCAGUCAAUGGAGACUGCUCAAAUAUUGAGGAAAACAGGAGUCAUGUACAGGCACCUUGUUUGUGACAAAAAUCUUACAGAAGUGAAAGAUCGGAGUGUUCAUCAACGGAAUGUAGCUCUUGGACACAUUGAACAGCAUCAACUUGAUGGCAUAGUGUACUUUGCAGACGACAAUAACGUUUACACCCUGGAGUUGUUUGAGCAGCUACGAGAAAUCAAGCGCUUUGGUACUUGGCCAGUUAGUUGGAUUGCUCACAAUAAAAAGAAAGCUUUUCUGGAAGGCCCAGUUUGCAAUUCAACUAAAGUAAUUGGUUGGCACACAAAUGAAAGGAAAAAGAGAGUCUGCAGAUUUCAUCUUAGUAUGUUGGGGUUUGCCUUCAAUAGCACUAUCCUCUGGGACCCUUUGAAAUGGGGACGACCUACUGUGGAACACAUUCGGCAGUUAGAUACUGGCAAGGAUGGAGUUCAGGAAACACAAUUCGUAGAGCAAGUGGUUGAAGAUGAGAGCCAGAUGGAAGGGUUGGCAGAUGGUUGUUCAAAAAUCAUGGUUUGGAAUUUGCAUUUGGAAGCUUCUGGGCUUGCAUAUCCUUCAGGAUGGAGUGUCGAGAAGUUGAAUGCUAGUUUACCCUUAAGAAAGCACAAAUAAAUUCCUUUCAUUUUCUUCUUGAGAUUUCUCAGGUCUAUUCUGAAAAAUCUUCAGGCUGCCAUCUGCGAAGCAGUCCAUUGGUCUCUCAUUGGCUGGUCAGAGUCUAGUCUGCAGAAGAUGACUAAGUCAGGAUUCUGAAAUUGAUAAUUCUGUAAUUCUCAGAUGAGGCACAAGAAAUUACCUUUGGAAUUUCAUCCUUGGUUAUUAUUAUCAGAUUUAUUUGUAUCAUGUAAAGUUGGUGUAGUAUAGUUUGGCUGUUUUAAAUGUGCUUUAGUCAGAUGCAGCUUAUAAUGGCUUGCUAAAUUGAAUUCUAGUGCAGAAAAUUGGGGAUUAUCUAUUUGCAUGUGCAAUUUUGUUGAAGUAAUUUUAGUGACAGAGCUAUUGUAUUUAAGAUGAGCAGAGAAAGAGCUAUUGCUCAUUCUUCAUGUAAAGCAGCAGAAUCCAUGUAUUGGAAAUUUAGAUUGUUCACCUUCCCAUAUUGUCUUCCCCCACUUAUUGGCUGAAUGAUGAUUUCCAUGGCAA